AUGUGGCUGGCGAAGAACAAUAACGUGGGAAUCAAGGAAGGAGGAUCAACAGGAGUUGUGGCUGUUGCAAUCGACAGAGACAAAAGUAGCCAACACGCUCUUAAAUGGGCCGUUGAUCAUUUGUUGCAGAGAGGCCAAUCUGUUAUUCUCGUCCAUGUCAAGCUUCGACCUUCUCCUUUAAACAAUACCUCUACUCUUCAUGCUUCCUCCUCAAAGCUGAGCCAAGAUUCUUCAUUAGUAUGCAGAGAUCCAGAAGGCGCUUCCAAGGAGCUAUUCCUUCCUUUUCGUUGCUUCUGCACCCGCAAAGAUAUACAAUGCCAAGAUGUGUUGCUUGAGGACUACGAUGUAGCCAAAGCAUUAGUUGAAUAUGCAAACCAAGCGGCCAUUGAGGUUUUAGUUGUUGGUUCCUCCAACAAAGGUGGCUUUCUCAGGUUCAACAAACCUACAGAUAUACCUGUUGCCAUAUCGAAAACCGCACCUGAUUUCUGCACGGUUUAUGUCAUAUCCAAAGGAAAGAUUUCAUCAAUGAGAUCAGCUUCUCGUUCUGCACCCACCAAUGCUCCUCUACGCACUCCUAUUCAACCACCUAGCUUAAGGCCACCUCAACCUGUGCCUUCUACUGCCACUAACAUGCGAGCUGAUAGACAGUCUUUUGAGUCUCAACAACGAAGGUCUGUCGAAGAUCAGCAACGCCGGUCCAUGGAGGAUCGCAGGUCUGUGGAGGAUCGUAGGUCUGUGGAGGAUCAAUCAGACUCAUUCAGGUACAUAUCUCUUGUGUUUUCAUUUAUACAAUCAUCUUCAAAACUCAAAACUGAAACUCCAUUGGAUGAAAACAGAUCUCCUUUUACUAGAAGAGGCUAUGGGAGAUCAUAUGGGGACCUAAGUGUUCCAGAAUCAGACAUAUCCUUUGUCAGUUCCGGUAGACCGAGCAUAGACCGUAUCUUCCCUAAUCUAAACGACAUUAAUGAUCCAAAUCGAACUCCUCCUAGGCUGUCUAAUUUCUCUGAUAUGGACUAUGGUCCCAACUUUGAGUCCAACUAUGGAAGGAGAUCAGUGGAUGUAAACUCACCUACUGAUCUCUCAUCUGGUUCUUUUGAGAGUGAAAGAUUCUCAUCAGCUUCAGCAAUGCAGGAUGAUGUAGAGUCUGAGAUGAGGAGGCUUAAACUGGAGCUGAAGCAGACAAUGGAAAUGUACAGCACAGCUUGCAAAGAAGCACUUACAGCAAAACAGAAGGCCACCGAGCUUCAGCGUUGGAAGUUAGAAGAAGAGAGGAAACUAGAAGAGGCAAGACUAGCAGAGGAAGCAGCAUUGGCUAUUGCAGAGAAAGAGAAAGCAAGGUCAAAAGCAGCUAUGGAGGCAGCUGAAGCAGCUCAGAGGAUAGCUGAACUAGAGUCUAAGAAGAGAGUCAACGCAGAGAUGAAAGCUCUCAAGGAGUCUGAGGAGAAAACAAAGGCUCUCACCGCUUUAGCAAACUCUGAUGUAAGGUACAGGAAGUACUCCAUUGAAGAGAUUGAAAGUGCCACAGAGUUUUUCGCCGAGAAGUACAAGAUUGGAGAAGGUGGUUAUGGACCUGUCUACAAAUGCUAUCUUGAUCACACACCAGUGGCUGUUAAAGUUCUUCGUGCUGACGCAGCUCAAGGAAGAUCUCAGUUUCAACAAGAGGUUGAGGUGUUGAGCAGCAUCAGGCAUCCAAAUAUGGUUCUACUCCUUGGAGCUUGUCCUGAAUGUGGAUGUUUAGUCUACGAGUUCAUGGCCAACGGGAGCUUAGAAGACUGCCUUUUCAGAUUAGGCAACAGCCCGCCUCUCUCGUGGCAGAUGAGGUUCAGAAUCGCUGCAGAGAUAGGUACUGGACUAUUGUUCUUGCACCAGGCUAAACCAGAGCCUCUGGUUCACCGUGAUCUCAAACCGGGAAACAUCUUGCUUGACCGUAACUUCGUCAGCAAGAUAUCUGAUGUUGGUUUAGCAAGAUUAGUCCCACCAACGGUUGCAGACACUGUGACACAGUACCGCAUGACUUCAACCGCUGGCACGUUCUGUUACAUUGAUCCAGAGUAUCAGCAAACAGGAAUGUUGGGCGUGAAGUCUGAUAUCUACUCGCUCGGCAUUAUGUUUCUGCAGUUGAUAACAGCAAAACCACCAAUGGGUUUAACUCAUUAUGUGGAGAGAGCACUUGAGAAAGGGACUUUGGGGGAUUUACUUGAUCCAGCUGUUACUGAUUGGCCAGCUGAGGACACAGCAGAGUUUGCCAAGCUAGCACUGAAAUGCGCAGAGUUAAGGAGGAAAGACAGACCUGAUCUUGCUAAAGUUAUAUUGCCAGAGCUCAACAGAUUAAGAACACUCGCUGAUGAAUCUGAGCAAGUCUCUCAAUAG